AUGCCGACGUACAAGGUCAGGGGAAUCGACGUAGAUUUCCCAUAUGAAGCCUAUGAUUCCCAGCUCGUUUACAUGGAUAAAGUCAUGCAAUCGCUUCAGGAGGAAAAAAAUGCAUUGUUGGAGAGUCCUACAGGAACUGGAAAAACGUUGUGUCUUCUAUGUGCUACUUUAGCCUGGCGGAAGAGUUUGGGCAGUUUCACUACUGGUUUAAGCUUAAAGACCAGCGAUAAGGGUAAAACUGAAAUUUCUUUGUCACAGUCCGGGGCUUCAAAUUUUCCUGCAAUUGUAUAUGCUUCACGCACCCACAGUCAGAUACGUCAAGUUAUUCAAGAGUUGAAACGGACAUCUUACAGACCUAAGAUGACAGUUCUUGGUUCUCGGGAGCAACUUUGCAUUCAUGAAAAAGUGAAGUUACUUCGCGGAAAAACACAAACAAAUGCUUGUCGAUCUGCCUGUCGAAGGCGUGCAAAGCCGAAGCAUCAAUGUAACCAUUUCCAAAAUGUUCCUGAGUAUUUGAAGCACAAUCCUAAUCUUGGAGAAGAGCCUGUGGAUAUCGAGGAUUUGGUAAAUAUUGGCAGGACAUCUGGGCCGUGUCCUUAUUAUUUAUCAAAGGAGCUCCACAAGGCUGUUGACAUAAUAUUCGCUCCAUACAACUAUCUUAUUGAUCGAGGGUAUAGAAGUUCUCUGCAACUUUCUUGGAGCAAUAGUGUACUCAUAUUCGAUGAAGCUCACAACCUGGAAGGGAUAUGUGCUGACGCAGCCUCCUUUGAUCUGCCUUCUUGGCUUCUAACAGCUUGCAUUACUGAGGUCCAAAGUGUUGUUGACCUUUUAAUAGUAAGAAGAAAUAAAUCAAAUGAUAAGUCACAAAAUCCAGAUGAUUUUGCUAUCCUUAAAGCACUUCUUCUAAAACUUGAGAAGCGUAUUGCUGAGGUUCAUAUUGAAUCUAAGGAGUUGGGGUUCACGAAACCUGGGCCUUAUAUUUUUGAACUGCUGGCUGAUCUUAAUAUCACACAAAAGACUGCUUCUAAGCUUAAAAGUAUAAUCGCUGAAGCUGUAACUCUUCUUGAGGAAGAAAAUCAGGAGAAAUCAACUGGCACCAUCUGCAGAUUGGAUAGUAUCAAGGAUAUUCUUGAUAUUGUUUUCAAGGACGGAAAAACUUCUCAUGCUAAAUACUACCGUGUUCAUGUGAAGGAGGUUGAGGCUUGGGGGGCCAAUAGUUCUAAAGGUCAGGUGUCAAGAACACUCAGCUGGUGGUGCUUUAACCCAGGAAUAGCCUUGGAAGGAUUUGCCAAGGAAGGGGUUAGAUCAAUUAUAUUGACAUCAGGCACAUUAUCCCCUUUGGACUCUUUCGCUGAGGAACUGAAAUUAGACUUCCCUAUUCGGCUGGAAAAUCCACAUGUAAUAGGCCCAAAUCAGAUAUGGGCUGGCGUUGUUUCGGUUGGUCCUUUAGGGCGUACUUUUAACUCCUCUUACCGCACUCGUGAUACCAUGGAGUACAAACAGGAGCUUGGAAAUGCAAUUGUGAAUUUGGCUCGAAUUGUCCCAGAUGGGCUUCUCGUAUUCUUCCCAUCUUAUUACCUUUUGGAGCAAAGCAUUCAGUGCUGGAAAAGUAUUAGUAAUGAAAAUUCAGCAUCAAUAUGGGAGAGAAUUUGCAAACACAAAAAACCAGUUAUAGAGCCUAGGGAAUCUUCACAGUUUGCCUCAUCAAUUAAGGACUACUUAACUAAGCUGAACGACACCACUGCAUCUGGAGCUGUCUUUUUUGCUGUUUGUCGUGGGAAGGUAAGCGAAGGAUUAGAUUUUGCAGAUCAUGCAGGUAGAGCUGUGGUCAUUACUGGUUUGCCAUUUGCCACAAGCAUUGAUCCUAAGGUUCGUCUAAAACGUGAAUACUUGGAUCAACAAUCUGGAGCACAAGGACAGUCGUUCAAGGUUCUAACCGGAGAUGAGUGGUAUAAUCAACAAGCUUCUCGAGCUGUGAAUCAAGCUGUUGGACGUGUAAUUCGCCAUCGCCAUGACUAUGGAGCCAUUAUUUUUUGUGAUGAAAGGUUUGCACAACCUCAUCGCCAAUCCCAAUUCUCAAAAUGGAUACAGCCUCACAUCAAGUGUUACUCAAGAUUUGGAGAAGUUGUUUUUACUCUAACUCGCUUUUUUCGAGAUGGGCGAACUCGAGGUUCUACAAAGCUGUCACUAUUGGAAGCUGAAAAUGGUGGGAAUCUGGGAGAAAUGCCAUCAUCAGAGCACUUUACUGACAAAUUUCACAUGGAAAAACUUCUACAACCUUUGCCUACACCAAUGACUCCAAAUUGUACUUCGAAAGCUUCAUCUUUGCUUGACACAAAAAAGGGCUACACUUCAUUUGUGGGGGGAAUUCUGCCUGCCAAUCGCUCAUCUCUGUCUUCUGACCGUAGGUUGACCAUAGGUUGUGACAGUUCAAGUGAUACCCGCGAGACAAUUUUGCACAAAAGGAGGACUGUGCUGUCACAAGAACCUGAUGGGUUUGGUUUGGGUGAUAGUUGUCAACUGGGUGAAAAAUCAAAGAAUAUGCUAAUAGCCCCUUGUUUUACCAAGAAGCGUAGAUUUAUAGCGGGAGAGUAUGACCUAAAGCAACAUUUUGGAAAUUCUAAUGAGCAAUCACCAUCAGGUAGUCAAAAUGCUCAAGGUGAUAUAGAUCUGCAAUGUAAAGAUAAUGUGACCUCUCCAAGUAGAAACACUGAGUUUCUUAGACAAAAAGAUAAUCUUCCUGCUGAUUCAACACCUUCUACUGCAGAUGGAACCCAAGGAUCAGCAUUCCUUACUCAGGUCCGAGAUAAACUCAGUGCUGCAGAAUAUAUAGACUUUGUGGGUUAUAUGAAAGCGCUGAAGACCAAAACAUUGAAGAUUAGUGAAGUUUUACUAAGCAUUUCUAGAUUGUUCUCUGGACCUGAGAGGUUACCUCUUCUUAAAAGGUUCAAGGAUUACAUCCCAGCAAAAUAUCAUUCUUUGUAUGAGCAAUAUGUUGAAGGAAAGGUUGAUUGA